AUGGUUCUUGCUAAGCCGGAGAAUAAGCACGUUCUCAAAGCCUUUGACCUUAGCGGCAAGGUCGCCAUCAUCACUGGUGGUGCUCGUGGAAUCGGGUUGGAGGUGUCGAAGGCUUUGGCAGAAGCAGUCUACAACUCGUCCAAAACUGCGGAGGCAGUCGCUGAAGAGAUCGCCGUCACAAAUCACGUCAAAGCAGCCGCAUAUAAAGCCGAUGUCGGGAACCAGGAAGAUGUCGAGAAGGCUAUUCGGCAAAUCGCAUCCGACUUUGGUAAACUGGAUAUAGUAGUCGUCAACUCAGGUAUCACCUCGAACAUCGCUGCAGAAGACUACACCGCGGGGCAAUGGCAUGAUAUCAUGAAGGUCAAUCUGGACGGUGCCUUCUAUACUGCCCAGGCGGCAGCUCGGAUCUUCAAGGAACAGGGGCAUGGGAAUGUUAUCUUUACUGCGUCCGUCAGUGCCACACUCGUCAACGUGCCCCAGAAACAAGUCGCAUACAACGCUUCCAAGGCUGCCGUGGUCCAGAUGGCCAAGUGCCUGUCCGUUGAGUGGGUUGACUUUUGCCGCGUCAACUGCAUCUCUCCUGGAUUCAUAGCCACCGAAAUCCUCGAUAUCCACCCUCAAGAAUGGCGAGAGAAAUGGUACAGUAUGAUCCCGGCACGUCGAAUGGCGGAUGCGUAUGAGCUCAAAGGGGCCUAUGUGUUCUGCGCAUCCGACGCGUCAAGCUAUAUGACUGGGGCUGAUAUCGUAAUCGAUGGCGGCUAUACCCUUCCUUAG